AUGAUCGCCUUUCACCUCCACACCGCUUACCUCUCUCCUUCCCCACACCAUUUCCGGGCUCCCCACACCAUUUCCGGGCUCCCCACACCAUUUUCGGGCUCCCCACCCUUCCCCCCAUCCCAUUCCCUUCUUCCCCCCAUCCCCUUCCUUGCUUCCCCCCAAUCCCCUUCCCUGCUUCCCCCCAUCCCCGUCCCUUCCUCUCCCCAUCCCCUUCCCUUGCUUCCCCGUGUCCCUUUCCCUGCUUUCCCCCAUCCCCUUCCCUGCUUUCCCGUGUCCCCUUCCCUUCUUCCCCCCAUCCCCUUCCCUGCUUCCCCGUGUCCCCUUCCCUUCUUCCCCCCAUCCCCUUCCCUUAUAUUCCCCCUUCCUUUUCCCUGCUUCCCCAUGUCUCCUUCCCUGCUUCCCCGUGUCCCCCUCCCUGCUUCCCCGUGUCCCCUUCCCUUCUUCCCCCCAUCCCCUUCCCUUAUAUUCCCCCAUCCCCUUCCCUGCUUCCCCAUGUCCCCUUCCCUGCUUCCCCGUGUCCCCUUCCCUUCUUCCCCCCAUCCCCUUCCCUUAUAUUCCCCCAUCCCCUUCCCUGCUUCCCCAUGUCCCUUUCACUGCUUCCCCAUGUCCCUUUCAUUGCUUCCCCCCAUCCCCUUCCCUGCUUCCCCCCUUCCCUGCUUCUUCGUGUCCCCUUCCCUUCUUCCCCCCAUCCCCUUCCCUGCUUCCCCCCAUCCCCUUCCUUGCUUCCCUGUGUCCCCUUCCCUGCUUCCCCCCAUCCCCUGCCCUGCUUCCCCCCAUCCCCUUCCCUUCCUCCCCCCAUCCCCUUCCCUGCUCUCCCCCAUCCUCUUCCCAUCUUCCCCCCAUCCUCUUCCCUUCCACAACCCAAACCCUUCCCUGCUUCCCCAUGUCCCCUUCCCUGCUUCCCCGUGUCCCCUUCCCUGCUUCCACGUGUCCCCUUCCCUUCUUCACCCCAUCCCCUUCCCUUAUAUUCCCACAUCCCCUUCCCUGCUUCCCCAUGUCCCUUUCCCUGCUUCCCCAUGUCCCUUUCCCUGCUUCCCCUCAUCCCCUUCCCUGCUUCCCCCCUUCCCCUUCCUUGCUUCCCCGUGUCCCCUUCCCUUCUUCCCCCCAUCCCCUUCCCUGCUUCCCCCCCAUCCCCUUCCCUGCUUCCUUGUGUCCCCUUCCCUGCUUCCACCCAUCCCCUACCCUUCCUCCCCCCAUCCCCUUCCCUUCUUCCCCCCAUCCCCUUCCCUUAUAUUCCCCCAUCCCCUUCCCUGCUUCCCCCCAUCCCCGUCCCUUCCUCCCCCCAUCCCCUUCCCGGUUCCCCCCCAUCCCCUUCACUGCUUCCCCGUGUCCCCUUCCCUUCUUCCCCCCAUCCCCUUCCCUGCUUCCCCAUGUCCCCUUCCCUGCUUCCCCGUGUCCCUUUCCCAGCUUCCCCCCAUCCCCUUCCCUUGUCGGCUCCUCAUAUUCUCCCUUAGAUUGCCUGACUGCAUGUCUGCCUGCGUUUGA